AUGUCGAGGAACUAUGAUAACUGGGAGAAGUUGGUUGGAGCUGUUCUCAAGAGAGAAGAGUUCCGGUGGCUUGCGCACUGCGAAAGCUUCAGCACCUCAAUUUCAACUGAUUUCAGUGCACGUCCCAGCUUUGAUUCCGAUGUUCCUCGCGAUUGUAGAAAUUCCGGUGAGAGGCUCGAUCCUACAGAUCUUUCUACUCGGGAAACUUUCGUCUCCCGUAAUGUGAUGGCCAUAGAGUAUGGAGAGUUAAAAAAAGCUACCAAAAACUUUCACCCGAGCAUGUUGUUGGGGGAAGGAGCAUUUGGUUUUGUUUAUAAAGGAUGGGUCCAUGAACAACGUCUUACUGCAACGAAGCCUGGAUGUGGAAUUAUCGUUGCUAUCAAGAAGAUGAAUCAUGAAAGUUUUCAAGGAAAUAAGGAGUUACUGGAUAAAGUACAUUACUUGAGUCAACUCCGCCACCCGAAUUUGAUCAAACUUGUUGGAUAUAGCUUCAGCGCAAAAAACCAGAUUCUGGUGUAUGAGUACAUGUGCAAAGGAAGCUUGGACAACCAUUUGUUCCGAAGAGAGCAUAACUCCCUCGAUUGGGAAACAAGAGUCAAAGUGGCUAUAGGUGCUGCAAGAGCUAUUUCAUUCUUGCAUGACUUGGAAAUACCGGUCAUACAUCGAGAUAUUAAGAGUAACUACAUUCUUUUAGAUGGCGACUUCAAUACCAAGUUGUCGGGCUUUGGCAUUGCAAAAGAUGGUUCUAUCCGUGACAGGACUCAUGUAUCAACACGAGUUAAGGGUGCAUACGGAUAUGCUGCUCCAGAGUACAUGGCAACAGGUCACUUGACCACAAGAUGUGAUGUGUAUGAUUUUGGAGCUGUUUUGCUUCAAUUAAUAUCAGGGCGUCGAUUUAUUGACCCCAAUAGGCCUGCAGGAGAGCAUGUUCUAAGCGCUUGGGCAAAACGACAUUUGAAUGGCAAAAAAGGACUAGUGCAAAUUGUGGAUAGCAGAUUAGAGGGUAAUUACCCUCCCAAACAAGCAUAUGAAGUUGCCAAGAUAAGUCUACAAUGUCUGAGUGAAGAACCAAGAUUAAGACCAAAAAUGUCUGAGGUUGUAGGUGUGCUUGAAUCACUGUAAUACCCAUGUAUGUUUGGUUAUG